CGCAUUGGCUUCUGUGCAUUUCACCAGCAGCCAGGCUGGGAGUCUUGUGAGGUAGCAGUGAAGGAGCGGAUGAGACGGCAGCUCCAGGGGGAAGGUGUACUCUCACUUCUUUGGAGAAAGUGAAUUUUUAGCUCCUUCAAACUCUUUUAAAGUUUUUCUCCAUUUUUCUUCGGGUGAGGCUUGCCAUGGCCACCGGCAUGGACAGGUUACUGUGGUCAGUGCUGCUGCUGCUGCCAGCCUGUGGACUCUCUCAGGCUCUGCCAGGAAGCUGGCAGCCAGGGGCGUAUCAGAACACCGUGAUGGAUGCACAAAGGUUCCUCAGUGAUUACAACAGCACUGCUGAGGAGGUGUUAUUCCAAAGCGUCACCGCCAGCUGGAACUACAACACCGACAUCACAGACCACAACUCAGAGCUUCAGGUGAAUGCAUCCCUCGAAGAGCAGGCCUUCUCCUCAGCAUGGGGUUCAAAGGCGAAAGAGGUCUUCAGCUCUGCGACUCUCAACGCUCUCUCUGUUGAGGAAAAGAUACUGAUGGAGAAGACCAUGCUCCUGGGAGCCGCCAACUUGCCCCUGGCAGAGAGAGAGGAGUACAACAAAAUUCUCAGCACCAUGGACAAAAUUUACUCAACGGCCAAGGUUCAUCCAGAGCCGAAUAUAAGCUGGAGCCUGGAACCUGAACUCACAGAAAUCAUGGCCAACUCCAGGAGCUACAAGAGGCUGCUGUACGUGUGGGAGGCCUGGCACAACGCAUCAGGAGUUCCUCUCAGGGAGCACUACCCCAAGUUUGUGGAGCUCAGCAACAAAGCUUCUCGAGCAGAUGGGUUUGCGGAUACUGGAGCUGACUGGCGCUCUGGGUAUGAGUACAAAGGCGUGUACGAGACCUUUGAGCAGGACUUAGAGAACCUCUACAGGACCAUUGAACCCCUCUACCAGAAUCUGCAUGCCUUUGUGCGCCGCCAGCUCUACAACCAGUACGGUCCAAAGUACAUCAACCUGAAAGGACCCAUCCCUGCCCACCUGAUGGGAAAUAUGUGGGCCCAGACCUGGAACAAUAUUUAUGAUACGAUGAUCCCAUUUCCUGACAAGCCCAACUUGGAUGUGACUGCUGAAAUGGUGAAACAAGGCUAUAACGCCACGCACAUGUUUAGUGUGGCAGAGGAGUUCUUCACGUCUCUGAAUUUAGACAUGAUGCCCGAGGAGUUUUGGAAAGAAUCCAUGCUGGAGAAGCCUGAAGGUCGAGAGGUGGUGUGCCAUGCUUCUGCCUGGGACUUCUACAACCGAAAAGACUUCAGGAUCAAGCAGUGCACCACAGUAACAAUGGAGCAGCUCUUCACUGUACACCACGAGAUGGGACACGUCCAGUAUUACCUGCAGUACAAGGACCAGCCUGUGGGCUACCGUCGAGGAGCCAACCCAGGUUUCCACGAGGCUAUUGGUGACGUUUUAUCCCUUUCUGUUUCCACACCCAAACAUCUACACACCAUUGGACUGCUGGAUACUAUGACCUCUGACCCAGAAACGGACACCAACUACCUGCUGAAGAUGGCUCUGGAGAAGAUAGCCUUCCUUCCCUUUGGCUACCUCAUCGACCAGUGGAGGUGGGGUGUGUUCAGUGGAAAAACCCCUCCAGACCGGUACAACGCUGACUGGUGGCAUCUCAGGACAAAAUAUCAAGGCAUCUGCCCACCCACGAAGCGCACAGAGGAGCACUUUGAUGCCGGGGCAAAAUACCACAUCCCUGGAAACACGCCGUACAUCAGGUAUUUUGUCAGCUUCAUCCUGCAGUUCCAGCUUCACAAAGAACUGUGUGUUAAAGCCAAACACACGGGUCCAUUGCACACAUGUGACAUCUACCGCUCUAAAGAGGCUGGGGCCGUUUUAAAGACAAUUCUCCAGGCUGGCUCUUCCAAACCGUGGCCUGAGGUGCUCCAGGCGGCCAUCAAUACCAACAGGUUGAAUGCCAACGCACUGAUGGAGUACUUUGAGCCCAUUACUACAUGGCUCGAGAAGCAAAAUGUGAAUGAGACAUUGGGAUGGCCAGACUUUAACUGGGUUCCUCCCAUCCCAGAGGGCUACCCUGAGGAUAUUGGCAAGAACACGGAUGAGCUUAAUGCAAAGGCAUUUCUAGAAGAGUACAACAGGACCGCUGAAGUUGUGUGGAACGCCUACACCGAGGCCUCCUGGAAGUACAACACCGACAUCAACGAAGUCAAUAAGCAGGAGAUGCUUAAGAAGAACCUGGAGAUGUCCGCCCACACCCUGGAGUACGGAGAGAAGGCCCGUCAGUACGACACCACUGACUUCCAGGACGGCUCGGUCAAACGCAUCGUCAAGAAACUCAGCGACAUUGAGAGGGCUGCGCUGUCCAAGGCAGAACUGGAAGAGUACAACACUCUUCUAUCCAACAUGGAGACCAAGUACAGCGUUGCUAAGGUUUGCAAAGAGGAUAAGACAUGCCUUCCUCUGGAUCCAGAUCUCCAGAAGAUCAUGGCAGAGUCCAGGGAUUAUGACGAGCUGCUGUUUGCCUGGAAGGGAUGGAGAGACGUUGCCGGCAAAGUGCUGCGCGAGGAUUACAAGAGAUAUGUUGAACUGGCCAACACAGCUGCCAAACUCAACGGCCACACUGAUAAUGGGGCUUUCUGGCGCUCCCUGUAUGAAACCCCCACCUUCGAGGAAGACCUGGAGGCUCUAUGGAAGGAGCUGGAGCCGCUCUAUCAGAACGUGCAUGCCUACGUCCGCAGGUCUCUGUAUAAAAAGUAUGGCUCGGAGAAGAUCAACCUGAAGGGACCCAUCCCUGCUCAUCUGCUGGGAAACAUGUGGGCGCAGACGUGGUCUGGAAUAAUGGACUUGGUCAUGCCCUUCCCAGAUGCUACUCAGGUCGAUGCCACUCCUGCUAUGGUGGCACAGGGCUGGGACGCCAAGAGAAUGUUUGAGGAAUCAGACAAUUUCUUCACCUCUCUGGGUCUGAUGAAAAUGCCAGAAGAGUUCUGGAACAAAUCCAUGUUGGAGAAGCCGGCUGGACGCGACGUGGUGUGCCACGCCUCUGCAUGGGACUUCUACAACAGAAAAGACUUCAGAAUCAAACAGUGCACCGUUGUGACCAUGGACGACCUGAUCACCGUGCACCACGAGAUGGGUCACGUCCAGUACUUCCUGCAGUACAAAGACCAACCCGUGUCCUUCCGCGAUGGAGCCAACCCCGGCUUCCAUGAGGCCAUCGGCGAUGUGCUCGCCUUGUCUGUGUCCACGCCCAAACAUCUUCAGAGCAUCGGCCUCCUGGACAAAGUAGAAAGCAACUACGAGAGUGAUAUCAACUUCCUGAUGAGCAUGGCACUUGACAAAAUCGCCUUCCUGCCUUUUGGUUAUCUCAUGGAUCAGUGGAGAUGGAAGGUAUUUGACGGGCGAAUCCCAUCGAGUGAAUACAACAAAGAGUGGUGGAACCUCAGAAUGAAAUACCAGGGUCUGUGUCCACCUGUAACCCGUACCGAGGAUGACUUUGACCCAGGUGCAAAGUUCCACAUCCCCGCUAAUGUGCCAUACGUGAGGUACUUCGUUAGCUUCGUCAUCCAGUUUCAGUUCCACAAGGCUUUGUGUGAUGCCGCCAAGCAUGUCGGGCCUCUUCAUACCUGCGAUAUCUACAAGUCUAAAGAAGCUGGGACGCUUAUGGGUAAUGUGAUGAAGUUGGGAUUCAGCAAACCCUGGCCUGAGGCUAUGAGCAUGAUCACUGGCCAGCCCAAAAUGACUGCGCAGCCUCUCAUGGAGUAUUUCGAACCUCUCAUUAAAUGGCUGGAGGCGGAGAAUAACAAGAACAACGAUAUUCGUGGGUGGCCCGACUACGACUGGAAACCAUCAGGUCCAGCAGUUGAAGUUAAGGCUAAUAAAGUGGACUUCCUGGGCAUGAGUGUGGACGGUGCUUCUGCUGUAGCUGGCCAGUGGGUCUUGAUGGUGCUCGGUGUGGUCCUCUUGGUGGCCACCAUCCUAUUGGGCUACAAGUACAGGAAGUCAAAAAAGAAGUCUGAAAAGUCCUUAUCCACGAUGGAGCUCAAGCAGAAGGACUAAUCAUCAGCUAACUGUUGCUAGCACAGUACCAACUCAAUGUGAACAUCAGUGUUUUUGUGUGCUGCACUUGAUUGAAAUUGCUUUUUCUUUUUGGUCUGUCUUCUUAUCUAGUCUUGUAUAUUUGUUGUAUGCACUUGGAGUGAAAUUAUUUUUUGCCUAUGCAAAAGAACAUUACAUUUUUUAAUUUAUUUGCAAUAACUGAAUGUUUAGAGAGGAAAUGAUUUAAAUGAAUGUGUGUAAAUUCAUUGAUUGCAUUUGUGGAAUAUUGAUUCUGUUUUUUUCUUUUGUUGAAUCCUCUGCAUUUCUACAAUAAAGACAUUAAAUAUG